AUGGGGUCUGACAAACAGCCUGUUGGUUUAUUGGAUACUCUAAAUAUGGAUACAGUUAGAACUAUUUUCAUGCACACAUAUCCCUAUCCACAUGAGCAUUCACGGCAUGCUGUCAUUGCUGUUGCUGUGGGUUGCCUAUUUUUCAUAUCAUCGGAUAAUAUGUAUACUCUUGUUCAGAAGUUAGACAGCAACAUUAAAUGGUGGUCGAUGUAUAUAGCCUGGAUAUUAAUAGCUGCGCUGUAUCAUCUUCCUAGUUUUCAAUCAAUGGGAGUGGAUAUGAGGAUGAACCUAUCUUUGUUUUUGACAAUAUUUGUGUCAUCUAUUUUGUUUCUUCUUGUUUUCCAUGUUAUAUUCCUUGGCCUCUGGUAUGUUGGCCUUGUUGCUCGUGUGGCUGGAAAGAGACCUGCAAUUCUGACAAUUCUCCAAAAUUGUGCUGUGAUAGGUAUAGCCUGUUGUGUCUUUUAUAGCCAUUGUGGCAACCGUGCUAUUUUGAGAGCAAAGACAUUUGAAAGGAGGAACUCUGGCUGGUUUACAUUCUGGAAAAAAGAAGAAAGGAAUUCAUGGCUUGCAAAAUUUGUCCGCAUGAAUCAGUUCAAGGAUCAAGUUUGCUCAUCUUGGUUUGCUCCAGUUGGGUCUGCUAGUGAUUAUCCAUUCUUGUCCAAAUGGGUCAUUUAUGGAGAGUCCCUGAAUAUUGACGAGUCUGGUACUUAUUCAAUGCAGUUCUCCCGUUCCUCUUAUUUACCAGGCCUCUUAUGGGCACUUACUCACCCUGUAUCACAAAAAGAAUUUGACAAGUUAAAGAAAAAGCAAAUGAAUCCUGAUUUUUUGGAUAUGGUUCCUUGGUACUCAGGGACAUCUACGGAUCUGUUCAAGACAGUUUUUGACCUACUGGUAUCAGUAACUGUGUUUGUUGGGCGUUUUGACAUGCGUAUGAUGCAGGCAGCAAUGAGCAAGGUUGAAGAUGGUGCUGACCAGGAUGAUCUGUUGUAUGACCAGUUCAGUGAGAAAGAUGAACUGUGGUUCGACUUUAUGGCUGAUACUGGUGAUGGUGGAAAUUCUUCUUAUAGUGUGGCACGGCUUCUUGCUCAGCCUUCAAUUAGGGUCCAGAGUAAUAAUUCUCUGCUUACACUGCCACGUGGUAACCUGCUCCUUAUUGGGGGAGAUCUUGCAAAAAUGCAUUCUGGGGAAAAAAUGUGGAUCAAACGGGGGCAUAUUAAUACUUUCAAGAGGAUGCAACUUACAGGAUGCAAUGUGAUUGGUUUGGUAGAUGACCUGUUAAAUUUGAGCUAUCCUAAUCCAUCAGCAUUUACAUAUGAGAGGCGCUUUUUUCGUCCUUUUGAAUAUGCUCUUCAGCCUCCAUUCUGGUACAAGGAGGAUCAUAUAGCUGUAAACAAGCCAGAAUUACCUAGUGGUGUUACAGAUCUGAAGCAGUAUGAAGGGCCUCAGUGUUUUGUCAUUCCUGGAAAUCAUGGUUGGUUGGUUUUGAUUGGUUUGAUGGGCUUCAGACAUUCAUGA